UUUCACCUCAAACCAGAGGGCAGCCUUCCAUCUGUCUAUGCUGUUGAAAGGGCUGCUGAUCCUGCACUGAUCUGGGAGACACCUGCACUUAGAAUGGAGGAGUAUCACCUUCAGAGAACUAUACACACACUUACAGAAAAUCUGUUCAUACAGAAUACUUAAAUGUUCAUGCUUUAUAACAAUCUAAGGCUUAAGUCUCUUCCACCUUACCCUACUCACUGAGCUAAGCACACCGAUUCAAUACUCUAUAUGCUUAGUUGCACCGUAUUCAACACAGUUGUGUUGCCAGCUCUCCAGGUGAGUCAAGGUUAAAUGCUUUUUGAAGUCUUCUUGUUUUUGUCUCCUCCGUGGGCUAUUUAUACAGCUUAUUUUAAGAUUUUCAAGCACUUUCCCCUUUUUAAUUUACCAUAAAUGUUUCCCCCUGGGAACAUUCCCUAGUGACAUUCUAUUUUGGACCCUUUUGAAUACAAAAUCCUUGACAAAGACAUCUCUCAAAGGGAGGGAAAGGGGACUAGGGACAUAGAGAAGCUUCUGAAUUGUCUCCUUUGAAAUUUUGUCACCUGGAUGCUUGACGGUGGUCUCUUUGUUAAGAGUUUGGCGUCCGGACCUUAAGGCCACACAAUUAAUCCUCCCGCUGGAAUCCUAAGGACUCUCUUUGAAAGAGUCUCUUGUCCAGUUUUCAGGCCACAUUAGGUAAUUUCCCGCCCAGGAGCACGGUCUAAAAAGAAUGUCGGUGUUUCCCUUCAGGUAUAGGUGCCUGGGGGUCAGGGGAGAAGGAAAGGCAAGGGGUGGAGUGCGAGGCGGGUGAUCGACAGGGAUAGAAACGGUGUCUCCUCCUCCCUCUGAAUGCGAAAUAGCCAAUGAGGUGGCGCGGCCGGGCCGGCCGGGCCGCCAGUGCCAUAUAGUAUGCAGCAACCCGAGGAGUCACGUUGGGGGAACGGCAGAAAGCAGCUAUCCUUUUACACUACUUUGCUCUAGCAGCUAUCUUAAUGAUCGCAAGUGCGGCGGACAUCAAGCAGGAGAAUGGGAUGGAAAGCGCCUCGGAAGGGCAGGAGGCGCCCCGAGAAGUGGCGGGGGGCGCGGCGGCGGCAGCGGGGCUGAGCCCCCCGGCUCCAGCCCCUUUCCCCCUGGAGCCGGGGGACGCCGCGGCCGCCGCCGCCAGGGUGAGCGGAGAGGAAGGGGCAGCGGCGGCCGCGGCGGCGGAUCAGGUACAACUCCACUCGGAACUUCUGGGCAGGCACCACCACGCCGCGGCCGCCGUCGCCGCCGCCGCCGCCGCGCAGACCCCACUGGCCUUCUCGCCCGACCAUGUCGCCUGCGUGUGCGAGGCGCUGCAGCAGGGGGGCAACCUGGACCGCCUGGCCCGGUUCCUGUGGUCCCUGCCCCAGAGCGACCUGCUACGUGGCAAUGAGAGCCUGCUGAAGGCGCGGGCGCUGGUGGCCUUCCACCAGGGCAUCUACCCCGAGCUCUACAGCAUCCUCGAGAGCCACAGCUUCGAGUCGGCUAACCACCCGCUGCUGCAGCAGCUCUGGUACAAGGCGCGCUACACCGAGGCCGAGCGAGCCCGCGGCCGGCCACUGGGCGCCGUGGACAAGUACCGGCUGCGCAGGAAAUUCCCCCUGCCCCGCACCAUCUGGGACGGCGAGGAGACGGUGUAUUGUUUCAAGGAGAAGUCGCGCAACGCGCUCAAGGAGCUCUACAAGCAGAAUCGCUACCCUUCGCCCGCCGAGAAGCGGCACCUGGCCAAGAUCACCGGCCUCUCCCUCACCCAGGUCAGCAACUGGUUCAAGAACCGCCGGCAGCGCGAUCGGAACCCCUCAGAGACCCAGUCCAAAAGUGAGUCAGAUGGCAAUCCCAGCACUGAAGAUGAAUCCAGCAAGGGCCAUGAGGACUUGUCUCCUCAUCCACUCUCCAGUUCAUCGGAUAGUGUCACCAACCUCAGCCUUUCCAGUCACAUGGAGCCAGUAUAUAUGCAGCAAAUUGGAAAUGCUAAGAUAUCAUUAAGCUCUUCUGGAGUUUUGUUGAAUGGAAGCUUGGUACCAAGUACUUCACCUGUCUUUCUUAAUGGUAAUUCUUUCAUUCAGGGACCCAAUGGAGUUAUCCUUAAUGGAUUAAAUGUGGGAAAUACACAGACAGUGUCACUGAACCCACCAAAAAUUGCAUCAAACAUUGUGAGCAAUGGUAUAUCCAUGAGUGACAUACUGGGGUCUACCUCCCAGGAUGUGAAGGAAUUCAAAGUCCUCCAGAGUUCUUCAGCUAACUCCGCAGCCACCACUUCCUACAGCCCCAGUGCCCCUGUGUCAUUCCCAGGGCUGAUACCCAGCACUGAGGUAAAGAGAGAAGGCAUUCAAACAGUGGCUUCCCAAGAUGGAGGCUCUGUGGUGACUUUUACUACACCAGUGCAAAUUAACCAGUAUGGCAUUGUCCAGAUCCCCAAUUCCGGAGCAAACAGCCAGUUCCUUAAUGGGAGCAUUGGAUUCUCUCCACUGCAGCUGCCUUCUGUUUCAGUAGCAGCUUCACAAGGCAACAUUUCAGUAAAUUCAAGCACUUCAGAUGGGAGCACAUUUACAAGUGAGUCCACCACAGUCCAGCAAGGAAAGGUUUUCUUGAGCUCUCUUGCUCCCAGUGCAGUGGUAUACACUGUCCCUAAUUCAGGCCAGACUAUAGGAUCUGUUAAACAGGAGGGCUUGGAGAGGAGCCUGGUAUUUUCUCAGUUGAUGCCUGUCAAUCAGAAUGCACAAAUAAAUGCAAAUCUGUCUUCUGAAAAUAUCUCGGGGAGUGGCCUCCAUCCCCUGGCCUCCUCAUUAGUUAAUGUAUCCCCAACUCACAAUUUUUCCCUGACUCCCCCUACCUUGCUAAAUCCCACCGAGCUAAACCCUGACAUUGCUGAUAGCCAGCCAAUGUCUGCACCUGUGGCAAGCAAAUCUACUGUGACAUCUGUCAGCAACACUAACUAUGCAACUCUUCAGAACUGCUCCCUUAUUACUGGUCAAGAUCUAUUGUCAGUCCCUAUGACCCAGGGCGCCCUUGGGGAAAUUGUUCCUACAGCUGAGGACCAGGUGGGUCACCCCUCCCCAGCAGUACACCAGGAUUUCGUCAGAGAACAUCGUUUAGUUCUGCAAUCAGUAGCUAAUAUAAAAGAGAAUUUCUUAACAAAUUCUGAGGGCAAAGCCACAAGCAACUUAAUGAUGCUGGACUCAAAAUCCAAGUAUGUCCUAGAGGGCAUGGUUGAGACUGUCUGUGAAGACCUGGAAACAGACAAAAAAGAGCUUGCCAAGCUCCAAACCGUCCAAUUGGAUGAAGAUAUGCAAGACUUAUAAACUUGAUUUCUUGAUUUCUCUCUUUUUUUUUUUUUUUUUUUGGCAUCAGCAGGCAGAUCUUUUCACGAAGCCCUGAAGACAUAAGGCAUUUUCCCAUUUACAGGGAAAACACUAGUUUUGUGAGUAAAUGAAUUCAAGAGACUUUAGAUUGAUCUGCAUGAAGAUCACAGUUAAAUAUACAGGAGUAGAACUGCGUUGCUGCAGCCUUUUUGUUCACAUAUGUUCUCUUUUAAAUAGAUGGAGACAAAGGAACAAGAUGAAAUAUACCAAGUCAAAGUGUGUCAUUUGGCUGACUUAAUAUAACUCUAAGGUUAAAUGGAACUUGAUAGUUCUUUAAAACUGUGUCCACCUGACAUCGGCAUUAGAAACAGUACGGUUAUUUUUGUUUACUUUCACUCCACGGGCAUUGAUGAGGUUAAGAAGCAUACAUGGUACUCCAUACUAUUCUAAGGGUUUAUUUUUUGAAUAUAUACAUUUCUGUUUUUCAAUAUUUUUGUGAAAGUCUUGGUUUGUCUCUACACAUUUCCAAAUGUGCUUGCUAAUAGUCCAGUGGGGCUGAGAAAGUUUGCAACUCCACUAAAAACUCUGAAACAAACUUCAGUAUGAGUGUAAAUAUAUUAGUCCUAUAAGCAAGGAUUUGAGGAAUUACAGUGAAUUUUAUUUAUGCUGUAUAUGUUUCUCUUCUACUUCAGACACUAUGAACUGAAAAAAUGUUUUCUUACUGUUUAAUUUAUUUUUAUUGUUUGAACAGGAAGUGAACAUAGUUAUUUCCAACAAAGUUUUACUUUUUGUAGGAUUUUAAAAGUAAUGAUUUUUAUCAGGAGUCUAUUAGGGUCAUUAUUAAUAACACUGAAACAGGCAAUCUAACUCCCAAUAUUGGAAUUUUGGUACUUUUUUUCACAUCUUGUUCUUUAUUUAGCAACUCUCUGAUUCAUUUAAAUAUUUUUUCUAUAGAAUUCUAUGUGCCUUUUUACCUUGUGGCCUUUUUAUUAUUCUUACUAAGGUACAGAAGUGUCAACAGAAGCACUGAUGGCUCUUUCUAUCUAACAGGGUUAUUUUCACCACAAAGUUGCUUUAAAUCUGAAGAACUUAAGUUUCACUUAUGUGAUUAUGUACGUUUAUGGUGUAAAUGGAUGAACAACUAAUUAUUGUUGAUGCUUUUCAUUACCAUGAAAUACCAAUCCUAGAUUACCAUGUAAAAUGAAUUCUGUAGACUAUAAAAACUAUUUUAAACUAAACAAAGAAUACGCAAGUUCUCUUGAGCAAAACUCUGUCCUGGUGAAACUUAGUUCUACGUGUUUUGAAUCAGUUGUUACAUUAUGACAUACAACUAUUAUUUGCACUAUAUUAUCAUGUCUUGUUCAAAGGUCGAUCUUUUGGGGUUUCUUUAAGAAGCUUGCUUGAUCAUGUUGUGAGCUGUGGUUAUAGGUUUUAUCAGGACUGAACACAAGAUGGAAUGAUGCAAAUUUAUGUAGCGAGUAAAGUCUCUGGUGUGUGCAAAGCAAGAAAUGUGAGAAAAUGAUCUCUUCAGAGAUGACUUAAAGUUGUUGAACAUAAAAGAUAUUACCAAUCUUGCUGUCUUCAGGAUCAGAAUGAAGAGUGUACUCUUGAUCUCUUACGUGCCCAUCUGCUGAGCAUGUGGCAUAAAGGCCGUAGAUUACUUACCCUUGGUUGUUAUUGCAAAUGGAACUUGCAGGCAUAGAUGAAGAGCCCUAUCCAAUUGUUUCGUUAGAGAACUCAGAUCCCACCUUCUUUAUGGAAUUAGUGAAUGUUCUUAAACUGCUGAAACUACAGUUGUCUUUUUUUUUUUUUUUUUUACAAAGUCAGGUGUUUUCGAGUUCUCUUCCACUCCAUCACUACUUAUACAGCUUUUUUUCUUUAAGUGUGUGCUGAUCAUGUUACUGAGAUUAAUUAUAUGGUUCUGUAGUGUAGUUUACAUGAAAAUGAUGUUUUUCCACUUGAUGGCUGCAGAUAUUAAGAAUUUUCUGUUCAUUAUUUUAAAAUACCCAUCUAAUCAGGGAGAUGGGAAGGUUUAAAAAGUUAUAUAUAUUUUAUAUAUAACUGGAAAAGUUUCAUAUGUCUUCCAAAAAUAUAAUAAGCCUCUGUUUUAUUCACAGUUCUUCCUCUUUUUUUCCCUUAAGAAAAAGGAAAAAUAGCACAAAACUUAAGACUUACCUAGGAAACCCAUUCAUAUUCCCAACUUGAUGUAAUUAUACCCCUACAAUUACUCCAGGUAGCUACACAAUAUACCAGGUAAGAAUCAAUGCACAUUAUAAAGAACUUACUGUUCUUUUCUAUACUUCAGUAAAAUAAGGGCCAGUUGGUGUAUAGCCCAUACAUAUGUGAAUGAAAUAAGAUAAACCCCAUGAUCUCCUUGCACAGAAUUGCAAAUGUUUUUUGCAAUACCAAGGGCCAGUCUCAGAACCCUUGGAGUUCAUGUGGCAGAAUUUCUCUUACAUAAACCAAUGCUUGAAGAUGCUGCAAAUGACCCUCAAAUGAUCCCCAAAGAGGAAUCAGAAUAAGGGUAAAAACUCUCCCUGCAAACCCCAACCCCUGCUGCUGGCUGUGGGAUUUUUGGUGUGAGGCUAUCUAUGCACUCUACCCGCCAGAAUUUGGCAUUUAGCUCUUAGUUACAUCUAGUAAAGACCAGUUUUAUCAAUUAAAGAGAAGGUGCAUUUGUUCCUCAAUCAAGCAAGAACACCUGUGUUGUAGUGUUUUAUAGCUCAUGUAUAUUUAUAGUAAUGAAAAGACUGAAUUGUACACGUUUCAGUGCCUUUCUUGUGUCAUGAAAGGCAGGUAGACGUUAUAGCCAUAGAUAAAAAUUCGUAGUUAAAUUGCACACUGACCUUAAAUCUCCCUGUAUAUGCCCUUGCAUUUUGCAUGUCAAAAGUUGGAUUACUGGGCAUGUGUUGAAGCCUGCCCUGCUACAUGUUAGGCAAGUGUGCAUUAGUACAUAGCCAGAAGUUCUUCAUUCUUUUACAAUGUUUUUGACAGAUCAUCUCAUCAGAAAAACAUAAAUAAUUCAGGAAAUUUGUGGGGAAAAGAAUUACAUUUUACAAAAGAUGUUUCAAAGUCUUCCUAGAACUUAGAUGAUAGAGCCUAACAGUUACUUUGUAUCUAGUUGAUACAUUUCAUGUUAAUUUAAUAUCACAGUACAUUUUAUUAAUCAAAAUUAUGUAGCAUGUGACUCUCUUGGCUUUCAGGGUUCUCAAUUUUUGUUCUUUUGUUGCAUGUACUGUAUGUUUAGAGGAGACCAGUUAUAUACUCAAUAUGGUUUUACUGUGCCUUACACAAAGAGAAAAUCUAUACAGAAUGUAUAUCAUGGGGUGGGGUAACAGAGUCUCUACUGCACUGUUAGGUGAUGGCACACAGAGCAUGUCCCAGAACAUUUCUGUGCUUAAUUACCCAACCAAAGAGAUCUAAAGUAUGUAUGUUGUACUGUAAUAGGGGUUUAUGCCUGGACAAUUAAGUGUUUUAUUUGUUUUCUGAAAUGAUGUGAACUUAUUUUUCUAAACACUAUGCUAAAUAAACUUUAUAUUUAUACAUA